AUGAUGAGUUCUGAAGAAAUCAAUGAUGUUCUGGAUAUGGUAUCAUUGAUAUCAAUUCCUAACGUUUUGGAGAAUGAUUUAAUGCUUUCAGUGGAUGAAAAUGAUGCACUUAAAGCUAUAUAUGCUGACGUUUGCAGCAUGUUUAAACAACAUAAUUAUAACAAUGUACUUUUUUUACUUCCCAAAUUAUUCACACUUCCAUCAUUACCAUCAAUUUUUCAUUUGAUCAUUGGAUGUACCAUGAUUAGAGUUGGUAGAAUUGAAGGUGGAUAUAGAGAAUUGUGUCUUGCAAUUAGAUUAUCUGGAAAGCAUGACACAAGAAUUAAAUAUCUUUCAAUAUUGGCCAAUAUGAAUCUGGAAUUAAAUGAUAAGAAAAGUGUUCAUGGAUGUUUAGCAGAAAUUUUUGAUAUAAUUAGAAUGAAUUCAGAAUCUCAACAAGAAUUUGAAAUGGAUAUUACUAGUCUUGUAGAAUUGGAAAGAAAAUUGUUAAACAAAUUAGAUUUGGCACUGGAAAAAAGAGUAUGUUACGCAAUAUAUCAACUUUUGCAUCGAUAUGUGACUAAAUAA